AUGGAGAACUCACCCAGCGACUACGUCCUGGUUACCGGUGGUACAGGCCUCAUAGGGUCCCAUGUAGUCGACAACCUCUUGAACAGGGGCUGCAGGGUGCGCAUGGCCAUUCGGUCGCAAGCCAAGGCCAACGCAUUCUUGGCCAGCAGACCCGGUCGUAGCAGCCAGAUCGACUUUGCUUUCGUCAGAGAUCUUACAGAUGCCGGCGCUUUCGACGCGGCCGUUGAUGGUGUGUCAUCCGUCAUUCAUGUGGCCAGCCCUCUCAACUACAGCUGCGACGAUAAUGAGGAAGGCCUCAUCAUUCCCGCAAUCAAGGGCGUGCGGUCUAUUCUGAAGGCAAGCCUGGGAUCCAAGGUGCGGCGCAUCGUCAUGACAUCCUCCUUCGGUGCCAUCCUCGACAUGGGCCGACCAGAGGGACAGCCUUGGAGGUACAGCGCCGCCGACUGGAACCCGAUCACGUACAAAGAGGCGACAGCCCCAGGCACCACGCCCCAAGAUGCAUACCGCGGCUCAAAGACGUUUGCAGAGCAGGAAGCAUGGAAGUUUAUGGAAACCGAAUCGCCCUCCUUUGACCUCGUAACACUGUGCCCUUCCAUGGUGUUUGGCCCGUUGGCGACCCCGCCGAGCUCUGUGACAGAUCUCAAUGAGUCCAACAAGAUGCUAUGGAAGGUCCUAUCAUCAGUUGCGACUGAUGAACUACCUCCCUGUCGAUUCAACUUCUGGAUAGAUGUCCGAGACUUGGCCGAAAUCCAUGUCCAGGCUCUGAAAACGCCGGCGGCAGGAGGGAGACGGUACAUCCCCGUGUCGAAAGAACCGUUCACUUAUCAGAUGGCGUCAGAGUAUCUGCAGCAAGAGUACCCCCAGCUAAGAGGGAAGAUCGCUACGGGAGAGCAAGGCGUCAAGCCUCAUGUCGAGGUUGAUCAUGAGCCGAUUGACCGGGACAUGCCGAUUGGAAGUCACAUACCAUUCCGCCAAACGGUUUUGGAUUUUUCUAGACAGUUUGAGAAGUUCCUCUCCAAGUGA